UUACUUUGGCCUUCACCUGGUCGCACAGCUGAAGAGAGAGAAUCCUGAUCUUUAACCUAAAGACUCAAAAUGGGAACAGAGAUUUUUCUACAGACAUUUUCGAGGACUAUUAAUUUUAAAACAGCUGGGAUCAAUUUGUUUUAAGGUAAGUUUACGGAAACUAAAUCUGCUGAAUAACUCUGUAACUAACUAUCAUUAAAUGCUGUAUGGUUUACACUGUAGUCUUUUCUGAGCCCCACCAUUUAGAAGGUUGUAUCUAUUGAUAUAGUCUCUUCUUUCAAGGAAGAAAUGUCUCAAUUUCAUUUAUAAAUAAAGUUAAAAGUACAUAAUUACGUUGUUGCUCGGAGUGUGGUCUUAAAAUAUGUACAACCAGAGUCAUCUCCUGACAAGUUUAGUUUCAAAUAGAUUUUAAAAUGAGAGAAAACUUAAAUGCACACAUAUUUACCUCCAAGAUUACAGUUGAAAUUAAAUAGAAAUACACGAAACUACUCUUCUGCUGCUGUAUUUUCUGAUUGGACGGCUCCUAUAAUAGAUUUAACCCAGUUGUUAUUUAACGCGGUGAGCCAGUGAGGUUCGGAGGCGUGCAGCUCUGCAGGGGUUUGGCUGCUCCUCUGCAGUUCAACAGAAGCUCUUAACCUUGGAGCAGACCGGGUCACCAUGUGUCACACAGGCUGGCCCUGUCAGGCUCCCUGUGGCUGCUUUGAUGUUGCUGCAGAUUACAUUUCUCCAGAACAUCAUCAAUCAAUAAAUAGAAAGAUAUAAAGUUUUGCCUCACUAACACACGAUAAUGUCACAAAAGAAACGGUGUAAAGAGUUAAAACUCUUUUUCUGUAUCCGUGCAAAAGUUCUGUUUCGACACUAAAACUGAAAAACGUUUUAUAAAAAUGGUCAGUCAUGUCCGCCUCAUUGCGCUGUCUACUGACUCUGCAGAUUUUCAUGCACAGCUCCACAUCCAAACCACCAAUGCGUAAAAAUGUGCAACAGAAACCCCCCAAAACUCAUCUAAGACAGAAUAAAACAGAAUCUUUCAUUGUCAUUGCACAGCACUUAACAUUCACUACAUGCUUUCAGCCUUAUAUACAUGCAAACCUGCAAAUGUGCACACUUUCAUGACAGUAACAAGAUUAAAUAAUAUUGUUUAAAAAUACUGCAGUAUUUCUUUGCUUUAGAAACUUCUAAGUCAUGCCCGCUCUUUUACGAGUAUUCAUGUCCCACUCAGCCUAAUUGUUGCCCAACUGCUGACCUUUAGGAGGAGCAGGCUGUGGUGGUUUCAGCUGAGAUUUACAGUCUUCGGAUGGAGCCCUCCUACUUUGAAAAUCCAAUUAUUUUACUAAAACCAUGACAGGCUAGCCUGACUCCCCGUGAAGCUGUAAAACUGAGAGGCAGUGCCAACCAGCGCAGGUUUCUGCGAGAACAUAAACCAUCAUGGUUUUGCUGACAUUUUAUUUCUACUAUGUUUAUAUGACUUUUAUGAUCUGUUCUGCGGUCAGUAUUCAUGGGUAUAUGAAUCUCUUUGUUAGAGGGGUCCAAAUUUGUAUUAGUUUUGUUGUCCUUGAACUGUGUUGAACGAAUCAUAUAUCCAGAACUACAAAAUAACUAGCAGCACAUGAUCGGAUGGAAACUAAUGAAGUAUUCUUUUGUUCUCUUCUUUUUGACACAACCUAUCUCACCUCUCUCCUCUUUCUUUGACUCUUUCUCUGGAUCAAAAUCAGAAUUACAAAAUUUCUAAUUCCUGCUCCAGUUCCAAGAAUUUCAUAACUGACAUCAUGGACUUCUCAGGCUCUUUGCCACCACCUUCCCCAUACACCCUCCCUGUUAUCCCAAAUAUCUCCAUACCCUCUUCCUCUCCCUCCGUCUCUCCCUCACCCAGCCUCGCGUCCACAGCUCUCUUCUGCUCCUUCCUCUCUCUCCUCUCUCUGCUGGGCAUCACAGGAAACCUGUACACUCUGGGCCUCGUUCUGAAGCGCAGGAGGGGCAGGAGGAGAUGUGGAGCAGGACUGACCUGCUGCCUACUGAGAAUACCUGUACCAUCCUGCCUUGCAAGCAGCUCCUCUCCUUCCUCUCCCACCUCCUCUUCCUCCUCCUCUCUUCACCUACAGGUGCUGAGCCUCGCUCUUGCUGACCUGCUUUAUCUAUUCACUGCCCCCUUCAUUGUGUACGACAGUCUAGCGUCUGGCUGGGCCUUCGGUGAGCUGGGCUGCCGCCUCCUCCUGAGCCUGGAUCUCCUCACCAUGCAUGCCUCCAUCUUCACCCUGACUGCCAUGAGUCUGGACCGCUACCGUGCUGUGGCUCAUCCCCUGCACACCUCCUCUUCUAACUCCUCAGGCCUGCUGCGGGUUGGCCUGGCCUGGGGGCUGGCAGUGGCUCUCAGUCUGCCCAUGAUGAUCACGCUGCACCUGGAGGACGGGGAGAACCAGGAGGGCCAGCUUUGUGUACCUGCAUGGGACGAGCAGAGUUCAAAAGCCUACCUGAGCGUGCUUUUCUGCACCAGCAUCCUCGGCCCGGGGCUUGCCAUCGGAGGGCUUUAUGCUACUCUAGGCAGACUGUAUUGGGUGUCUCAAACCAGGCCGGCCUGGGCCACUGGGAGCAGCACUGCUUGUCCACCCCGCGCCCCAAAACCCAAAGUCCUGCUCCUGAUCCUUGGCAUCGUCCUGGCUUUCUGGGCCUGCUUCCUUCCUUUCUGGAUUUGGCAGCUGCUGCCCCUCUACCAGCCCGACAUGCUUCAGACAGUUCCAGUAGGGACUCAGGUGACCGUGAAUCGAAUCCUCACAGGGCUCACCUACGGGAACUCGUGUGUGAAUCCAUUUUUCUACACUCUGUUGACUGGAAAACGAAGACGCAACAGACAAACGUUGACAUCAGCAAAUCAGCUCUGCCGUAAGAGCAGUCCACAGUGAGCGAGCCCUCGAUGAUGUGAAAAGUACUGAUCAUGAGGGCUUUGUGAGUUCCUUAAAAAGACACCAAAAACUGUUUUUUAUAAUCUGUAAACUAGUGAAACAGAGCAAUACGAAACCAAUGAACCAAUGAAAGCACUUUGAUAGAUAUGUAAUAUUGUCUGACAAUCAAACAGACAGUUGCUGCAAUUCAACUAAUGCUUUUUCUGCAAACCCGUAUGUUAAUGGUAUUUAAUUACUGCAGACUAAUUUAUGAUGCUUUUUUAUACAGUGUUAUAUUUGUGACAAUGGAAAAGUGGUUACUGCAGCAACUAAAUGUGAAAGUCACUUAACCAAACAACAGAUUAAAAGGAAAAGGGAUGGUUUAUUUAGUGGACAAAGUUUAUAUUUGUCUCUCUGUACUCGAUUGAAAGGAGAGUUAUUCUGCAUGUAGCUCAUGCACAAUUGUUUCCAGUAAAGCCUGAUGCACUUGGAUUGUUUUCAGAGCAACUAUCAAAGAAAAUGUUUGUUUUUUAAAGGCUGGUUGUAUCUGCUCUGGACCUCUAUGGGAUAUUUUUCUGAGACUUUGUUUGUUGAUUUACUGAAUAAUGUCUGAGUGGGUCAACAGUCUUUUGUUUGCUCCCCCUGAACCCUGACAAAUCUAAAACAACAGAUUUUUGUUUUGCAUAAUUGUGACCUGCAUGUUGGGUAUAAAAAUGUACUUAUUAUUCUGACUCAUGCAAAGCUCUGCAUGGCCUUGACUUGUGUUGAUAUCAACUAUUGUUUAUAAUAUGUAAUAUAUAGCCGAAAUAAAGAUUAUGCUUUCUGUAAGACACUGUGUAGUUUGAAUUUAAAGCAGCUGAUUAGAAGACAGAGUUGCCUCUAUUACCCUGAUAAAAAAAAAGAUAAUUUGAUCAUUACAAACAUAAAAGUGAAACUAGAGACAAACCUGAGAAACAACCAAAAAGAUCUGUUACAAAAAGAGGAUUAAAUGCAGAUGUUAACAAAGUCAAAAGCAAAAAGAGAAGACCAAAAAUUCAAAGAUGCUUAGUGCAGACUAAUUCCUGAGUUUGUGUGUCUGUGUCAGCAUGUCCGUGUCCCUCCAGGGUCUUCCCCGCUCUUGUGUACACAUUCCCCGGCUGGUGUUUCUGUGUCUCCCUGCAGCAGCGUCCCAUCUCUGUCUCUGACUCAAAGGCUGCACUGUACUCUACCACAGACCCUGCUGCUCUUUGACGCAGAUGAGCAAAUAUUGUUGUUUGACAAAAAGGAGGAAAGAUGUGGAGAAGAUGACGGGACAGAAGAGGCAGGCUGGUAUCAUACUGAUGAGUGUGGUGCUGUGGUCGGAAACAAGGUCUCGUUCUCUCUUUUUAGAGAUGAGUGGUUGAGGUUUAAGUUGUAACCAUGUCACUAAAGGGUCCCUGGUUUAGCUCUGAUAGGAGACUUUAUUUACACGUCAACUCCUUCCUUUCACUUUCCCUUUUCUUCUGCUGAGCUGCCAACUUCUAAUAAAGACAAAGGCUUGAAAAUAUAUUUCAGUCACAAGUCAGUCACAUCAUUAAACACAAAAUCGGUUCAAUGUAACCUGUCACACGAGAGCUUUAUAUCUCCACUUGAUUCUGGAUCAAAUUCUGUUUAUACUAGGCAUGUGUUAAGUCUGAAAAACGUGACUUAAUACAGUAUGAAACUCUUUUAAAACAAAAAAAAAUGUGUGGAAAAAAAAAAAACAACUAAAAUUUCUUUGAUCACAAUAUUUCAAAAAAUUAUCAUUAUUUUCUUAAUGAUAAUUGAAACAACAUGAGACAAACACAUCCAACACUGUAAGCGAAAAUGGCAAAAUUAUCAAAUGUAUCCAAUAUGAUCAAAAUGACAUUUAUACACCAAGACUGUCCUUUAAAGAAAAUGGUACACCUGUUCAUAUGCAUAAUAAUUUAAACCUCCACAUGUUGACUCAAACUCUUAGAUAGCUCUGGAUAAAUAAUUUUUUUUUUUUUAAACUUUGUCAUUACUUAUUUUUGAGAGCCCGUCUGUUUCAAUGAAUCUGGUGUUUUUCUUCGAGAAGCCUUAUCCCUCAGAUGGACCAACGACCAGCUGUGUUUUGACUCCACAUUCAUUCAUUAUGUACUGUGAGCACAUAAUCUUUGGGUAAAUACUUGGAGUGAUUUCAUGGAAAAUGAAACUAGAAUUUAAUAAUAAAAGCAGCACAAAAAUUUGGUUAAUUUCCCUAGCGCACAUGCCAUUCAUAAACUGAGCAAAAUAAAACCUGAGGGCUACAGGAGAAGCCCUGAAGCACUCUGGGGUUUUUACCGGUAACACCAACAGGUUGAAGUAAGACACAUACCUAAAGCAUUUGUCAGGGGAGCUGCUGCAUUUCUCUGCACUAUGAUGCCAUUAUUCCCUCUGUAGCCUCUGCUGCCUGCCAUGUGUUUUGAGUUACCUGGCCCGGCUACCUCUGAGCAAAACGUUCCCACUGCUGUUAUUAUCUGGAGCCCAGUGCGCUCACACCACAGGGGGCACUUCUGUUGUGGAGUUAAUGCAAUAUCCAUCCAACUUUCACAGACAACUAAGGCCUUCUCAGCACAUUUGUCCAUUUUAAAGGAAUUUCACGCAGACAAAGAGUCAGCUCCUUCUGUGAUUGAUAUCAUAAGCCCUUGUGUGAGAGUGGGUGAUUUUUGGACCCCUGGGUCAUACCAUAAUGACAGAAGAUGGAAGGUUUAGCUUAAAUAAAGAUAAAACCUUUCCAAAAAAGACAUUUAAGCAGCAAUGUGGAUAUUAAAGCACAGAGGGCUUGUUGUUCAAUUUUCCGAGUCUGCAUAGAGUACAGGUUUCGGGUGUCUGUGUGCUCUAAAACUCAAUAUAUCUGAUGAUUAAGUCCUCCCCCAAGUCGACUGGGAUGACUGAGUGUUUGAUAAACUUCAAAUACAUGCUGUUUGGUCAGCUCACACAAGUGAAUGGAAAAUAUUAUCUCACAUGGCAGCCUGGCCAAUCCAAAAACUCUGAGUUGUUUGUGUUGGUUGAUGCCAGCAGCGGCCCACUCACUCCAAUCAUAACUUCUGUCUUCAUGUGCGAAAGAAGCUCCUGGUUUCAUCCUGCAAUUGAAAUCAAAGUCUGCAGGGAAAACGCGAGGACAAAUAUUAUCUUUAGGGGGCGUUGCUCUGUUCUACCUGAGGAUUUCAUAAAUCCAGCACGUCCAUUUCCUGGAACCACAAAGCAUCUUUCCAUCCCUGUCACCCCCGUUCUAGCCCCCUGACAGGCCCUCCUCUUGACCAGUGUGCGAGGCUGUUGCAGGUGCCCCUCCCCUGGGCAGCCCGCUCAGGAAAGCACCCCACUGGGUAGACGAGACGAGGCCGCAGCCUGCGCCAAAUUCACGCUGUGAGGUGUAUAAGAGGCUCCCAUUCUCCCCAGACAUACACAAAAAAGAUUCCCUUUGCACUCCUCCUUCACUCCUCUUGAAAAUUCAGUCUUCCCAUCUGGUUUCCCUUUCUCAAUCCCUUUUUGUUCUUUCAAUGCUUUCUCUUUGACCACUCUCACCUUCUGCAUGGGAUCGCCUUACAGCACCUAAAAGGUUCCUGAAGAACUUUUCUUUCAUGUAAUGUUACUUUUAUUGAGAAAUAACACUUCUCACCAGCUUUCAGCAUCUGAUCCAUCCUUGCAUCAUCCAUCAAACACACUCUUCCAAGUUUUAUGAUACUGCUAAUGUAGCCAACGCAGUAUUAAAGAAAACAGUUGGUAAUCGCUGGUUUCACAGCAAACCCAGAAACCUCAGCACUCACAGUGUUUCUUUGUUCAACCUCUGGCAGCCCCACCAUGAGGCGCCCUCCUCCCCAUCAUGUCCCCUGACUUCACACCUCCAUGUCAGCCGCCAGGAUCAUGCGAGGCCCAGGCUUGCCUGCCCGAAAGGCCGGAGGUUACAUCAACCGACACACACAUUAUGGUUCACACUGGGGCUCUUACUAGGAAAGACAGUAAAUAUGGCGCGUCGCCCUCUCCAUCUGGGUUGCACCAUUUCUCUGUUCUCUCCUGGCUCCUCCUACUCCUUCUCUUCCUCCGCCACCUCCUUCUCAUGGCGAGCUGCCCGUAAACAGUCAUCCUUGUCAACUCAGGCGUCAAGGCUCCCCUGACCUCUGACCCUCUGACACUUCACUCAUCUGAUCUCUGUCAUACGUUCAUGGCUCAGGAUCCAUGUCACUCACAUAAAUUAUGACAUCAAAAGCCUCUGUAUUGUCUUGUUUUUGGCAACAGUUUAAUAUAUGAUUUUACUGCUGUUGAUCGAUGCGUUUGUUGUCGUUGUUGUUUUCAAGUUAAAUUAUUUUGUCCCUGUGUGACUAGACUGAAUAUUUUGGGGUGCGCCCUACAGCUUAGACAAGACGGUUAAAUACAAAACAAUAGACUCAGAAAUAUUAGCAGAUAUUUGACCAGUCUCUCCUAUAUUGUAGACCUCUCAAACAAUCUAAUAAUAAAAAACAUAAUAUAAAGAAAAAUAAGAUCUGGACGUAGCCCUAAUUACCAGUACUUGUAUACAUUUUAAACUACUGUAUCUGCCCAGAGGUGGACUGGUAUACUAUACUGAAAGUGUAGUUUAAAGAAAGACAGACAUCAGAGUUAAAGUCUUUGAUAAACAGUAUGGAAACAAACACCUCUAUGUAUUAAGUUGACUGGUUUUGUCUCUACAUAAAUGAGGAGGUUGAAGAGUUCAGGUGGUGUUUAGGUCACAUUUGGAUAAAGAGCGCCAUCUGCAGGUGAAAUAAAGGACCCAAACAAAACCCAUACUGCCCCUGUCCUCAUGAUAAUUUCACAUCCACUUCCAUUUAAGUAAGUAAUGCUCUGUUUUUCUUCUAUAUAUUGUAUUGUUUUACACUUAUCAUAAGUAAAUACCCUUUGGAUUUGCCUUACCCCUAGCCUAACAACACCACUGGUUUACAGAGCACCAUCUCCCAAAGGAGACACUGACCAUUAGUUUAAUCUGCUAAAUACCUACAGUGUUGCCUGAUGUACAGUAACUCCAUGUCUGCAUCACGUUAUUUUCCCUGAUUGCAUUAAUGCAAUUUACGUCACAGCUUUUCUGAGUCUUGUCUGCACUUCUGAAGCCAAUAGAAACUGUGUAGACAUCCUUGUUCUCCAUCAUCAUUCAUAAUUUUUUAAACAAGGUAAGUUCCGUGUGACCCUAGUGUCGGUGUACAAGAACAACAUGUCUUCAUCAUUCAAUCCAUGAUCUUACAAAAGCUAUAAAAUGGCAGCAUAAGUUCUUCCCCUCUUUUCCCCAACAGAACUUCUAGUUCAGGAGACUCAGUAACUGACCCAUCACAGAGGGGAGGACACCACAGGCCAUGUCUAAAUAGCUCAACUCAGCACAACAACCUGUACUCACCCAGAGAAGAGCAAUAAAUAAUGACUGAAUUCAACAACAUACAGAGAACAACUUAGGACUAAUAUUUUGACACAAUUUUAACACUUUUCUCUGGAAAAGCAUCUGCACACUGUUGGGAGGGAUAAUGUGGUGCCAUUUUAGUCAAAAUGUGGAAUAUGCAAAAAACAGAAACCAAGUUAUCAAGUAAACUUCGUGGCAUUUUGAAUUUGCAGAUCACAUACUGCGAAAAUAUCAGGUCAAAUAGUUUUGUUAAAAAAAACAACAACAUAUAUUUGGCUGCUGAAAGUAAUCCAUUACUCCACUUUAAAACACAGUCAAAGAAACCUUUGUGCAAAUGGAUGAGCAAGAGCAGAGUUGUGAUUGAAAGCUAAUACCAUCCUUUUCAAAGCAAGUCCUUUGCUCUUCCAUACACCUGACAGACCCUGGUCCUGAUCACACUCAAGAAAGCCUGUUUUGCAGACAGUUUUCAACACCUCACAACACGGGACAAAGGAAAUUCAGCAGGGGCUGCUGCUUGUUCAAUCUAUUGAUUCAUGUCACCCCCACACGGUGUUCUCACCUUCCACAGUAACCUGCACCUCCUGGACAUGUCUCUGAGCUCCUGGGUGGUCAGAAACUGAACACCUGUACCUGACAGAGAGACUCUGAAUAACCCAAGACAUGAGAACGGCCGAGCAGACUGUGGGCAUGAUGCAGUGGUCUGUGUGUGUAUUGGGGGGUUAGUUCAGCCCAUGAUAAAGAUGUUUUUCUGGUUGAUGUUUGUCUCUGAUGCCAUAAAACUUGUUAACCCUGGAACACUAUCACCGGUUGAUUUUCACCCGACCAAACAUGUUUACGUGAUUUUCAUGAUGUUGUGUUUGUCUGAGUAUCAUGGCUCCCUGGGUAGCUUCAGCAUUGCCUUUGACAUCUUUGAAGGCAUAUCUGUUUCCCUGAUCCAAAACCUGUUUUUUCCUACAGGCACGUGUCAAGGUGAUUUUCACCCAGCAAUAGUGAUAGAGGGUAAAGUAGGUUUGGGUGGAUUUGAUAGCUGCAUGUAGGCGGAUAAGAGUGGUCCUGAAAUUUGCAUGCUAUCUUUAUUUAGUGCAGUGGUUAUGAAUAACUAUCACAAAGUAGAGAUUUUCAAGGGAAUUCAUAUGGUGAUAAGAAAUAUUUUGGUCAGCUGGUCAUUUUAUUGUGCCAAGGACCCUGGUCUUCACCAGGGAGGACUCACGUGCCCCAGGAAUGGGUGGAAAAGAAACUAAGUUUACAGAUUCUAUAUAUACUUUUUUUAAUGAAUUUUUUGUUCAUGAAGGCCUAAUUUCAGUUAUUUUGUUGCAUUUUUAUAUGGUCCCCUCAUGGCACUUUUUUUCCUCUCUCUCUUUGGACAUUGUAAAGUUAAAAAUAAAAGAAAACUACUUUAAUUUGUCAUGUAUCCUCCUCUUUUGAUGGCAAGUACUUUUUCUUGGGUAUAUUAUUUCAGGUAAAAAAUCACCCUGCGAUAGUGAUGGUGUUACUAAUUUUAGAGAUAGUGUUCUGGGGUUAAUGAACAUAUCAUGCCAGUGAAUAUAUAUAUCUGCAAAGAAGUAGGACAGAAAUUAGAAGCUACUAUUUGAACUUUUUCUGCUAGUUAGACUAUUUUAAUCUCAAACUUAAGAGAAAAGCGGCUUUAAAUCAAAGAUUUUACAUGUAGGCCUCUUUGUGUUUUGGGAAUGGAGCUAAAUGCUAGUUGUAUUUGGACACUACUCCUUCAAAAAGUUUAAGAGCCCCAUCAAAUAAAAAACAAGUUAAAGUCGAAGCUUCAGUAGGUAUUAUUGUAAAAAUCUCUUUACCCAGCUCUGACAUACCUUAGAUUUAUGCCCGGGGUUGGUCUUGAGGUCGGAGCGGCGGCUGAAGGGUUUUCUGCCCGCAGGAAACGUUGAUGCCUCCGGUGAAGAAACUCACG